CAAAUCCUAACGAGCUAAACGUCCGUCAGUUAAUUAAAACCCGACCCGUUUAUCACACCAGAGGCGACAGCCAAUACCGUCAUACCAUCGCUCUCUCGCCGAGCUCCGGCUAAGGCAAAGAAGAAGAAGAAGAUUUUAGAGAAGCGCUCUUAACAUAGACGUCAUCCGCCAGCUUCGCUCACACAAGCCUUAACUGAUCAAGCCUCCACUCAUGGCGGAGUCAUCGGGGACUACAUUGAUGGAUCUGAUCACGUCGGACCCGUCGUCGACCCAGUCUUCAUCGAAGUCGACGGCUUCCGCAGCUCCCGCCGCUACUUUACCACAUCAGACGGCGGCUGCGGCUACAGCGUCCACGGAUCGGAAGAAGAAAGGGAUGCUGAUGCAGAUCCAAAGCGAUACUAUCUCCGCUGCUAAGGCUGCUCUCAACCCGGUCCGCAUGCCUCAGAGGCAAAAGAAGAAGGCAGUUUCAUAUGCACAACUUGCAAGGAGCAUCCAUGAGCUAGCAGCCACAUCUGAUCAAAAAAGCUCCCAGCGGCAGUUAGUUCAGCAUGUCUUCCCAAAGCUUGCCGUGUACAAUUCUGUGGACCCAUCAAUAGCACCAUCUCUUCUUAUGCUUGGUCAGCAGUGUGAGGAUCGGACAGUUCUACGAUAUGUUUAUUAUUACCUUGCCAGAAUUCUUUCAGAUGGUGGUUCACAAGGUCUGAGUCCUGGUGGUGGGAUACCUACCCCAAAUUGGGAUGCCUUGGCUGACAUUGAUGUUGUUGGAGGGGUAACAAGAGCUGAUGUUGUGCCAAGAAUUGUAGACAGGCUAACCUCAGAGGCCUUGAAUGAAGAUGUUGAGUUUCAUGCACGACGACUUCAAGCUCUAAAGGCUCUUACUUAUGCACCUUCUAGCAGCUCGGAGAUCUUAUCAAAGUUGUAUGAAAUUGUCUUCAGCAUCUUAGACAAGGUUGCUGAUACACCACACAAACGCAAAAAGGGAAUUUUUGGUGCUAAAGGAGGGGAUAAAGAGUCUAUAAUUCGGAGUAACUUGCAAUAUGCUGCAUUAAGUGCUUUGAGAAGGCUUCCUCUUGAUCCAGGAAAUCCUGCAUUUCUCCAUCGUGCUGUGCAAGGAGUCUCAUUUGCUGAUCCAGUUGCUGUAAGGCAUUCUUUAGAGAUUCUCUCCGACUUAGCAAUGAUGGAUCCUUAUGCAGUUGCUAUGGCAUUAGGGAAACUUGUGCAACCUGGUGGAGGUCUGCAGGAUGUUCUCCAUAUGCAUGAUGUUCUUGCUAGAGUUGCACUUGCUAGGUUGUGCCACACAAUAUCUAGAGCUCGGGCAUUAGAUGAAAGACCAGACAUUAAGUCUCAGUUUAAUUCACUGCUAUAUCAAUUACUCCUUGAUCCCAGUGAAAAAGUUUGUUUUGAAGCCAUCCUGUGUGUACUUGGAAAAUUUGAUAAUGCUGAGAGGACUGAGGAACGAGCUGCUGGAUGGUAUCGACUAACCAGAGAAAUUCUUAAACUCCCUGAAGCACCUUCGGUGAAGGAAUCCAAAACUGAAUCAAAAGAUACAGUUCCCAAGUCUUCCAAAGAUAAAUCACAAAAGACAAGGCGCCCUCAACCUUUGAUCAAACUUGUAAUGAGGAGGUUAGAAAGUUCUUUUCGCAGUUUCUCUCGACCUGUUCUUCAUGCGGCAUCAAGAGUUGUUCAGGAGAUGGGAAAAAGUCGUGCUGCAGCUUUUGCCUUGGGCUUACAAGAUCUUGAUGAAGGAGCUUAUGUUAAUACCUUUGCUGAAAAUGACUCAUAUGAUCCUGAUCUUAAUGAAACCUCUCAGUCUGAAGGCAUACGCAGAGUUUCUUCAAUUUCAAAUGGAGCUAGUGGGAAAGAUACAAUUGCUAGUUUGUUGGCGUCUUUAAUGGAGGUGGUACGGACAACUGUUGCAUGUGAAUGUGUCUUUGUUCGUGCUAUGGUUAUAAAAGCUUUGAUAUGGAUGCAAAGCCCACAUGAGUCAUUUGAUGAAUUGGAAUCCAUCAUUGCAUCAGAGCUCUCUGACCCAACUUGGCCAGCAACUUUACUAAACGACAUAUUACUUACACUCCAUGCUCGUUUCAAGGCAACUCCUGAUAUGGCAGUUACCCUUUUAGAAAUAGCAAGAAUUUUUGCAACCAAAGUUCCUGGCAAGAUUGAUGCAGAUGUGCUACAACUACUAUGGAAAACUUGUCUAGUUGGAGCUGGCCCAGAUGGAAAACACACAGCACUGGAAGCAGUUACAAUUGUUCUUGAUUUGCCACCUCCCCAACCAGACUUGAUGUCAGGACUUACCUCAGUUGAUAGGGUAUCUGUGUCCGAUCCAAAAUCAGCUUUGGCAUUGCAAAGAUUGGUCCAAGCAGCAGUGUGGUUCCUAGGAGAAAAUGCAAAUUAUGCUGCUUCUGAAUAUGCUUGGGAAUCAGCAACCCCUCCUGGUACAGCAUUAAUGAUGUUAGAUGCAGAUAAAAUGGUUGCUGCUGCUAGUUCUCGUAAUCCAACCCUCUCUGGUGCUUUAACUCGACUCCAGCGGUGUGCUUUUAAUGGAAGCUGGGAGGUCCGGAUAAUUGCCGUUCAAGCUCUCACCACAAUUGCAAUUAGAUCUGGCGAGCCUUAUAGGUUACAGAUCUAUGAACUUUUACAUACUCUAGCACAAGGUGGUGUGCAAUCUCAGUUCUCAGAUAUGCAUAUUAGCAAUGGAGAAGACCAGGGUGCAAGUGGUACAGGUCUUGGAUCUUUAAUAAGUCCAAUGUUGAAAGUCCUUGAUGAAAUGUAUAGUGCACAGGAUGAUUUAAUAAAGGAGAUGCGGAAUCAUGACAAUGCCCAAAAGGAAUGGACUGAUGAUGAGUUAAAAAAACUAUAUGAAACACACGAGAAGCUGUUGGAUCUUGUUUCUCUGUUCUGUUAUGUUCCUCGAGCAAAAUAUCUUCCAUUGGGUCCUACAAGUGCAAAGCUCAUUGAUAUCUAUCGAACUCGGCAUAAUAUAAGUGCCUCAACUGGCCUCACUGAUCCAGCAGUUGCGACGGGUAUAUCUGAUCUUAUUUAUGAGACCUCCAAAGCAAAAUCUGCUGAGCCAGAUACACUAGAUGAUGAUCUUGUUAAUGCUUGGGCCACAAGCCUGGGUGAUGAUGGCUUAUUGGGGAACAAUGCACCUGCAAUGAAUAGGGUUAAUGAAUUUCUUGCUGGUGCUGGUACUGAUGCCCCUGAUGUUGAUGAGGAAAAUGUUGUUUCUAGACCUUCAAUGAGUUAUGAUGAUAUGUGGGCUAAGACUCUCUUGGAGACUUCAGAAAUGGAGGAAGAUGAUGCGAGAUCAUCUGGAUCUUCAUCACCAGAUUCAAUAGGAUCAGUUGAGACAUCCAUAUCAUCACACUUUGGUGGACUGAAUUAUCCCUCAUUGUUCAGUUCCAAGCCAACUACCUAUGGGUCUUCUCAAACAAAGGAUAGAUCGGGUGGGUCACAGUAUUCUAAUAAUUCUUAUGGCAGUUCUUAUGGUGGUCUUGGCUCUCCAAUACGGGAAGAGCCUCCACCAUAUUCUUCACCAAUCCAUGAAAGAAAUGCGUCGUUUGAGAACCCCUUAGCUAGUUCUGGUUCCUACAGUUUUGGAUCACAUGAUGAUGAACGGGCAUCUUCAGGCAACCCACAGUUUGGUUCAGCACUUUAUGACUUCACUGCUGGUGGCGAUGAUGAGUUGAAUCUGACAGCUGGAGAAGAGGUUGAAAUUGAAUACGAAGUUGAUGGCUGGUUCUAUGUAAAGAAAAAACGCCCCGGAAGGGAUGGGAAGAUGGCUGGUCUUGUUCCAGUACUUUAUGUCACUCAAUCGUGAUUACAGUGAUGAAAUUAAUUGUUACAACUUCUACACAUACUAAGAACAGCAAUGCAUAUAUGGGUUUUCCAGCAUCCCUGGGUUUUGCACUUGCAACAAAGAAUAUAUAUGGAUUUUGGUGGCUUUCACUUCCACAUCUUUGCACAAUUGUUGAGCUCAAAUUCUUGAAGUGACUAAUUCAUCUGUGAUUCGUCGGGAUUUUCAGUUUGCUUUAUUUUCGCCUGGUGGCUGAGUUACUGACAUCCAUCUUUCCUUUUUGACACUGAAGGAGCUUCUUCUUGAUGAUGUUAGGAACUCAAUAGGAGUUUCUGUUGUGAUUCUGGUGUGUAUAAUAGUCUUAUUUGAUUAGUAUGCCUCUACCUGUGCUUUAUUGGAAAUUAUGAUUAUAGAAAGAGUUUAUAUUACAGUAGUAGUAGCAAACAACGCAGACGGUCCAGUGUAUUUUUGUUGUUAUUAUUAUUAUAUUAAUUCAUGUUUUGUGAUUUUUGCGCGACAA